AUGACGCCCACAUUUCUCAAGAAGAUGGAACCCUUCUUCACCCUUCGAAAUAAGAUCCCAAUCCAGGUUGUUCAGGUCAUUUUGAUCAUUACUGUUAUUGCCCUGUCUGGUGCACGGCUUCUUCUGCCUAACCGACCUCCCGGUCGCUCCGCUACAAUGGGUCUUGGCAUGGGUGCCAAGUCCCUCAUCAUUCUUUCCUACGAGAUCCUCACAGAACACUUCAGUCGUUUCCAUCGCUGGGGCAGCCUCAAGGCUUACUUCAUUCUCAACACCAUGGAGAUUGUCUUCUGGGCAGCUGUCGCUUUCAUGAUGCUCCGUGGUAAUACCAACUUGUGCGUGGGGGCAAGCUGUGCCGUUGGCUGGGUUGUUGUCGUGCUGGCUGGUAUUCUCAGUCCCAUGUACAAAUAUCUCGCAGUCGUUAGCUACCUGGACUGGCGAUUCUUCAAGAAGAACGGGUUCCCCCGUGGUGUGGCCAUGCGAAAGGAUACAGAGGUGUCUCAGCAAUUAUCACAGGAGUCUGGUAACGACCUACGAACAUUGAAGUGA